AUGGAUUUAAACUGCGAGUGGGACAACAUGUGUGCAAAAGAAAAUAGGCGAUCAGCAUGAGACUCAUCUUUGGAAAAUUCAAAAUGCAGUGUACGAAAAGAUAAGAUUCUUGCUUUUCGGUCACUAAAUUAUCAAAAAUAGCGCUAAUCUCAUUAAAAGUGCCUCUGUUCACGCAAUUAACAUACUAAUCAAUAAAAGCUGACCAAGAAAGAGUCCCGCUUAGGAAUAUUUGUUGAGAAUAAUGGCUGAGGUUCUAUUUCCUAGAGUCUAAGUAUAUCCCAUCCAAAUUAGCAAAAAGAAGAAAGAAGUUG